AUGCCGCCCGCGGCGGCCACCUCGGUGACCCUGCGGGAGCUGGCCGACCUGGCCAUCGGCACCCCGGAGGUGGGCGCCGUCAACUUCACGGCCCUGCACACGCUCAUCGUGGCCAUGCUGAAGCACCUGAGCCUGCUGGGCACGCGCGUGGACUACCAAUCGGCCUCGGAGCCCGGCGGCUCGCUGGAGCCCACCUGGUCCUCGCACAGCGCCCCGCACCUGUCGGCAGAGACGCCGGCGCCCAGAGAGAGGCGUCGGAGCAGCAGCCGCUCGCAGCCGCCGGCGCUGGAGAGCCAGGUGAGGGACCUCAGCCAGCAGUUCAAGGCCAUGGGCAGCAGGGUGGAGGACAUCGCCUCGCAGGUGCAGCACAUCUCCUCCCAGGCCAGCGAGCUGGACCUGACGCCCCGCCAGUGGCUGGAGGAGAAGAGCAGGCCCUCCCAGGGCUCCGAGAGGGUUCUGGGUGGCUGAUGGCUGCCCUGACCCUCCGCCUCUGAACGCUUCUUCCAGGAGAUCCUGCAGCGGAUCGAGGAGGUGGAGAAGAUAAUGCGAGAUCGGGAUGAAUUCCUGGAACUCGUGGGCCGGAAACUGAGUCUCAUUCCUGGCAGAGAAGAAGUCACCAUGGUGACCUGGGAGGAGCUGGAGCAGGCGAUUACCGACGGCUGGAGGGCCUCCCAGGCGGGCUCAGAAACCCUGAUGGGACUCCCCAAGCGCAGAAGGCAGCCGUCCUUGACAGCCAGUGACCUGGCUCCCGGCGGGGCCUCCGCCAAGCAUCCGAGCGCCGAGCAGGCUCUGGGUUCGGCUGGGGGAUUUGGCCCAGAUCAGACCAUCUCGGCCUCCAGCGGCGCGGGGCAGCCCUCUGCAGUCACCAGCGGGGAGCAAGUCAGGGGCCUCCCUGGAAGAGAACAGCACCCAAGGGCACACGAGGAAGCCGGCACUGCGAGGUCCCAGCAGCCUCCUGGGUCUCAGGUCAGAGCAGAGGCGGAGCAGCGCAGGGGCAGAGAGCAGCUUGGCCCAGCACAUCCACGGAGAGACGAGCGAGCCGCACAGCCAGGCCUGCAAGGACAAGGGCACAGUGGGCCGCCCUUGAGCCAGGGUCAGGUCCACCUGGGGCCAGACCAUCACAGACUAGGGACGCCCGGCAUGGGCCAGCCUGGAUUACACCCUAGCACCGGUCCACAUGGUGUGGUACCCCACAGGGUGGGUCAGCUUGGUAUGCUCCCACCCAGCUUCAAUGACCUGGACUCGGCACUAGCUGGCAUGGAUCAGCACGGUGAGAUGCUGCCAUCAGUAGCUGGCAGGGACCAACAAGGAUGGGAGCUGCCUGGUGCAGACCAACAUGGCCUUGUUCCAUUCGGCACAUACCAGCAUCAUUUGGCAUUUCCUGGCACAGACCAACAGAGUAUGGAGCAGCCUGGCAUGGAGGAGAGUGGCAUGGCGCCGCUCAGCACAGAGCAUCAAGGAUUGGUGCGGCCUGGCCUAGAUCAGCAUGGCUUUGUCUCCCCUCUUGCCUAUCAGCACGGCUUGGUGCCACCUGGGUUGAUGCCGUUCAGUGCAGAUCAGCAAGGUUUGGUUCGGCCCAGUUUGGAAGUGUCGAGUGCCAUACAGCCUGGCAUGAAUCAGCAUAAUUUGACCCAGCCUGGCAGAGACCAGCGUGGUUUGGUUCAGCCUGGAGCAUACCUGCCAGGUUUGGUGCAGCCUGGAGUGGGUCAGCCUGGUUUGGUGCAGCCUGGAGUGGGUCAGCCUGGUUUGGUGCAGCCUGGAGUGGGUCAGGGCGGUUUGGUGCAGCCUGGAGUGGGUCAGGGUGGUUUGGUGCAGCCUGGAGUGGGUCAGCCUGGUUUGGUGCAGCCUGGAGUGGGUCAGGGUGGUUUGGUGCAGCCUGGAGUGGGUCAGCCUGGUUUGGUGCAGCCUGGAGUGGGUCAGGGCGGUAUGGUGCAGCCUGGAGUGGAUCAGCGUGGUUUGGUGCAGCCUGGCACAGAUCAGCAUGGUGUGGUGCAGCCUGGAAUGAAUGAGCUUGGUGUGGUGCAGCCUGGUGCAGAUCUGCAUGGUUUGGCACAACCUGGUGUGGAUCAGCAUGAAUUGGUGCAGCCUGGAGUGGAUCAGCGUGGUUUGGCACAGCCUGGUGUGGAUCAGCAUGAAUUGGUACAGCCUGGAGCGGAUCAGCAUCAGCGUGGUUUGGUGCAGCCUGAAACAGAUGAGAAUGGUUUGGUGCAGCCCGGUGCAGAUCAGCAAGGAUUGAUACAACCUGGACUGGAUCAACAUGGUUUGGUGCAGCCUGGAUUAGAUCAGCAAGGAUUGAUACAACCUGGACUGGAUCAACAUGGUUUGGUGCAGCCUGGAUUAGAUCAGCAUGGUUUGGUGCAACCUGGAUUGGAUCAACGUGGUUUGGUGCAGCCUGGAUUAGAUCAGCAUGGUUUGGUGCAACCUGGAUUGGAUCAACGUGGUUUGGUGCAGCCUGGUGUGGAUCAGCAUGGUUUGGUGCAACCUGGAUUGGAUCAACGUGGUUUGGUGCAGCCUGGUGUGGAUCAGCAUGGUUUGGUGCAACCUGGAUUGGAUCAACGUGGUUUGGUGCAGCCUGGUGCGGAUCAGCAAAAGAGUGGCUUGGUGCAACCUGCCACAGAUCAGCAUGGCUUGGUCCAACCUGGUGUGGAUCAGCAAGGUUUGGUUCAGCCUGGUGCAGGUCAGCUUGGUAUGGUGCAACCUGGAGUGGAUCGGCAUGGUCUGGUGCGGCCUAGCACGUAUCCCCGUGGUUUGGCACGACGUGGUGCCUACCCCCCAUCUGCUUUGGGACAAACCAGCACAGAUCAGCAUGUUCCGGUGCAACCUGGUGCAUAUCCACACGGUUUUGUCCAGCCUACAAUGGAGCAGUAUGGUUCGGGACAACUGGGUCCGGAUCAGCAAGGCGUUAUAGUACCAGGAACAGCAGUUCGUGACUUCCCUGCAAUUCAGGCUGAUUUUCGGAUUAUACCACCAUACCAGUAUCAGCAUGGUGUACCACCCCUUGCCAGAGAGUUAUAUGGCCAAGCGUCACCGCUUCUAGCCAGUCAAGGUUUGGCACCACCAGGUAUAGACCAAAGGGGUUUAGUACCACCAGGAAGUUAUUGGCAAGGUUUGGUGCACCCUGGCACAGACCAGCAUGGCCCGACACCAGUAAGCACAGGGUUGGAGUCUGCACACCCAGAUCAAGGGCAUUUGGCACCACCUGGGCCAGAUCAGCAGCACCAGGUGACCCCAGGAGCAGCUCUGCACGGUCACACACAAGCUCCCUCAGACUACGGGGGGCCCACGUAUCCCGGUUACAGGGGCCCAGUGUACUCGGGUGUCGAUCGGCACAGGCAGGAUCCAAACAGAAUUCCUGUCUCAAGCCAGCCUGGAGUUCCUGUGCAGACAGGCCCCGGGCAGGAUGGGGCCUUUCUCAGGAGUCGCGACUCCCUUAGCUAUCUCGGCAGAGCCUCGUCGGACAGGGGCGAGGCGCACGGCGCGCGGCGCGACUCUCUGGAUAAAGUGGCUCCAAGCUUCCCCAUGGCGGUGGAGACGUUCCGUCUGAUGGGGGAGCUCCUCGCGCUCUAUGCGGAGCUCAAGGAGAGCAUGAAGGAGCUGGAUGAGGAGCAGGCCGGCCAGACUGACCUGGAGAAGAUGCAGCACCUGCUGUCCCAGAUGGUCAAAAAGAUCGUACCCCCUGACCUGCAAGAACAGAUAAAGGGCUUGAAGACUUUGGCCAAAGAAUUUCGUCAGGAAAAGGCAAAACUGGAGAAGAUACAAAGGAUGAUGGAGGGCGACGGGGAACAGGAGACGGGGAAGGAGCUCAAGAACGGGCAGCUGAGCCUGCAGCUGGGCAUCCUCAGAGUCACCGUGGCUGACAUUGAGAAGGAGCUGGCCGAGCUGAGAGAGAGCCAAGAGCAGGGCAAGGCCAGCAUGGAGAAUUCGGUGUCUGAAGCGUCUUACUACCUGCAGGAUCAGCUGGACAAGCUCCGGACCAUCAUCGAGAGCAUGCUGGCCUCCUCCUCCACCCUGCUGUCCAUGAGCAUGCCCUCCCACAAGGCCCCGGUCACCUCGGCGCCUGGCCAGAUCGACCCCGAGGCCACCUGCCCGGCCUGCAGCCUGGACCUGAGCCACCAGGUCAGCCUGCUGGUGCAGCGCUACGAGCAGCUCCAGGACAUGGUCAACAACCUGGCUGCCUCCCGGCCCUCCAAGAAGGCCAAGCUCCAGAGCCAGGAUGAGGAGCUGCUGGGCCACGUGCAGAGCGCCAUCCUGCAGGUGCAGGGCGACUGUGAGAAGCUCAACAUCACCACCAGCAACCUCAUCGAGGACCACCGGCAGAAGCAGAAGGACAUUGAGAUGCUGUACCAGGGUCUGGAGAAGCUGGAGAAGGAAAAGGCCAACAGGGAGCACCUGGAGAUGGAGAUCGACGUGAAAGCCGACAAGAGCGCCCUGGCCGCCAAAGUGAGCCGCGUCCAGUUCGACGCCACGACGGAGCAGCUGAACCACAUGAUGCAGGAGCUGGUGGCCAAGAUGAGUGGGCAGGAGCAGGACUGGCAGAAGAUGCUGGACAAGCUCCUGCUGGAGAUGGACAGCAAGCUGGACCGCCUGGAGCUGGACCCAGUAAAGCAGCUGCUGGAGGACCGCUGGAAAUCGCUGCGGCAGCAGCUCAGGGAGCGCUCGCCGCUCUACCAGGCCGACGAGGCCGCGGCCAUGCGGCGGCAGCUCCUGGCACAUUUCCACUGCCUCUCGUGUGACCGUCCCCUGGAGACGCCUGUGACUGGACAAAUGAUCCCCGUGACCCCUCUGGGCCCCAGCCUGCCCGGGCACCGUUCCAUCCGCCCCUACACAGUGUUUGAGCUGGAGCAGGUCCGGCAGCAGAGCCGCAACUUCAAACUGGGCAGCGGCUUCCCUCGGGGUGACCUGUCGCAGACGGAGCGCAGCGUGCGGCGCCUGCGCUCCAUGCACUCCAAGAUGCUGAUGGACAUCGAGAAGGUGCAGAUCCACUUUGGAGGCUCCACCAAGGCCAGCAGCCAGAUGAUCCGAGAGCUGCUGCAGGCCCAGUGCCUCAGCUCCCCCUGCUACAAGCGGAUGCCAGAUAUGGCCGGUUAUACCUACUCGACCGUGCCCCGGCGCUGCGGGGGCAGCCACACGCUCACCUACCCCUACCGCCGCAACCGUCUGCAGCACCUGUCCCAGGGCCUGUACCCCGCCGAGGAGGUCCAGAUCGCCAUGAAGCACGACGAGGUGGACAUCUUGGGCCUGGAUGGGCACAUUUACAAGGGGCGGAUGGAUACGAGACUGCCCGGCAUCAUAACCAAGGAAGGGCUGUCGUCCAAGCACAAGCCCAAGCUGUCCCGGCCCCACGUGCACAGGCAGCAGUCCCUGAGCGACAGCAGCCAGCCGCCCUCCCGGCCUCAGAGCGCGCAGACCCUGGCAGGCAGCCACACAGUUUCUUUGCGACAACAAGACAGACCGGUCUCCUCCGAGGGCCGGCUCUCCGAGUCGAACACGGUCCACCCCCUCAGCUCCUCGGACGCGGCGGCCCUGCCAGGGCUGCAGAGGCGCCUGGACGUGCCUCCCGGGGAGGGCCUCGAGGAGCCCACGCGGGGGCCGCGCUCCACCCCUGCCCACUGA